AGAAAAUUUACCGAUCUGGAAAAAAUGCCUAAACGCUGUACAGCUUUUAGUAACCUUGGCCGUACUUACUCGCGGAGCCAGCUAUUGCUUAUUUUACGGUUUGAACCUAAGUUUGUCUUCGUCAAUUUCGCAAAAGAGUAAAGCAGUCAGCAGGAGCGUGUACUACAUGCAACCUUUCUGUUCGACCAUCACCAGCCGCUUGGUGGCCCCAACGACGCAUCAAAUAUUCAAAACCAUCGAAGCCUUGGACAAUAAGUUCGAAUCAUUCGGAUUUCCACAUCCCUACGCAAAAGACAGGAAGAUUGUGGCGGCAUAUACAUUGGCUUCCAUAGCGGGUUGCAUUGCAUUAACUUCAGCAUCUGCUGUAUAUCAGAAUGUAGACAUGGAAUAUUCCAUCGAAACCAAUUUCUUCGCCCUGCAAUAUGCUAUGACUGGUGUGUAUUCUACUUGUGCUGCGUAUUUCGUUUUGGAUCGGUUCUUCGUACUACUGAAUACGAUUAGGACACAAUUUCCAUUAAGUGAACUAUCGGAGGAUGACGUAAUAACAACGAUCAAACUCUGGAUAAAGUGCAAAAAGCAACUGAUUCUUUUGAAGCAUGUCAAAUUGACGAUGGAUAGAUUAAACCUCACGGUUAAUCACUUGAACCAGUGCUUUGCCAUUCAGAUGUUCUUCUGUGUUGCUGCGAGCUUCGUUAUUGGGAUCGUCUGCUCUUUCAACUUUUCUCGAGCCAUCAUCUAUCGCAAUGAUCAACUCAUCGCGACGGGCAUAAGCUUCACUUGGUUUCUGUUCUACCUGGCAUUUGUGCUGAUUUUCAUUGCCAUUGCAAGCCGAAUAUCUACUGAGAUUCAACGCACCGGAAUAUUUGUUCACAAAGCAAUAUACUUUUGCACUACGUCUCGAGCAAUUAUCAAUGAACCCUUCACAAAUUUUGCGCUGCAUUCCUCAUUUCAGUCGUUAUUGCAACUCAAGCCAGUAGUAUCGAGCGGAUUCUUUGUCUAUGAUUGGUCUCUUUUAUAUACGAUGCUUGGAACGACCGCCACCUAUCUCAUCAUACUGAUUCAGUUCGAUGUCUCCUUCAUCCGAGCAAUAGAUCAACAAUAUCGAUUAUAGAGCAGUAUGCAUACAAACUUA